CUAUCCCUUGAAACAGACACUGAAGAAAUAUUCAAUGCGGAUACAAAACACUGGGCAGCCCUGGUAUCAGAUGUGUACUUAGGUGGCCUUGCUAUAAAUUGGUCAAAUGUGAGGAAUGUGAUGGACAUGAAUGCAGGCUAUGGAGGAUUUGCUACAGCACUGAUUGAUCGACCCCUGUGGGUAAUGAACGUCGUUCCUAUCAGUGGACCGGAUACUUUACCCAUUAUCUUUGAUAGGGGAUUGAUUGGCACAUACCAUGACUGGUGCGAGUCCUUCAAUACCUAUCCGCGGACAUAUGAUCUUCUACAUUCCAGCUUCCUCUUUGGAAAUUUAAGUCAAAGAUGUGACCUAGUGGAUGUAGCUGUAGAGAUGGACAGAAUGCUGAGACCGGGUGGAUAUCUAUUAGUUCAAGAUACUUUUCAGAUGAUUAAACAACUUGGCUCAAUUCUGCGUUCACUUCAUUGGUCAGUAACUCUGCAUCAAGAGCAGUUUCUUGUUGGUAAGAAGGAUUUUUGGCGCCCCAAAGACACUGCAAAAAUAUGAAAGUCCUAAGCAGUUUUGUAUAUUUUACAGAUAUAUGUCUCCAGUUUAUCUGUAGAGAGAAAGAGAGAAAAGAAAACAUACUUCUCAACAAGUUAUAACAAAUUUUCUUCUGAAUGUAUCCCAUUGAUUCAUUCAUUUCCUCUCAAAGAGAAGUAUUCAAAUUUAUACAAAUACAUACUUCCAGAGGAAAGUGAUUUUUGUCUCUAAAAAUGAAAAGAUGUUCGCUUCUUGGCACACUUAUAUACAGUA